AUGGUUUGCUUUUUACAUGAUAGUUCAGUCAAGUUUCAGAAAAAAAAUCUAACAACAGUUAUGCUGUGUUUCUUCUACAUAAGAGACGCUUUUUUUCUAUUGUUCUUUACAGUAGAGAUCAGCGUCUUGGGUAUCUCAGAAGUAGGAAAUGAAACACUUUAUGCAGCACUGAAUGAAUCUGUCACAAUAGAAUGGAAAAUAGAAGAUCAAGCAAACCUAACAAAAAAGAUAUGGAUUUGGUCUAAGACUUCAGUUACAUUAGUAGAAAUGGAUAAAAAAGGAGAGAUCACUCCCAAUUUUGUAAAGCACUUCAAAGACAGACUACAGAUGAAUAAAAAUGGGUCCUUAACAAUCUGUGGGCUGUUAUACACCGAUUCUGGGAGAUAUGAGCAACGCAUGAGAUUCUCUGAUAAGGAAGAGCAAGUAUACUUGUUGGACCUCAUCAUCGUUGAAAAAAUAACUAACGUGAACAUAAGUCUCGACAGUAACAUCACUUUAAAUGACAGAUGUAACCUUACACUGAGCUGCACCGCAGAAGAUGGAUCUAAUGUCUCCUAUUCAUGGACAGUCCCUAACAACAAUCCCUCAUUUUACAGUGGAGCCAACCUGCAUGUUAGUCUGCCAGUGACUAAUGAAGGGAUGUUGAUUACUUGCAAAGCCAGCAAUCCCAUCAGUAGCAAAAUAUAUCAUUUUUCUACGAGAGAGGUUUGUGGAGUACCAAAUAAGGGUAAGUUUAACUGCUGA